AUGGUGCACCCGUCGCUGCACGUUGAUCGUCUUUCGGAGCUCCCAGACAGCUUCCGGAGAACCGCCAAUGCCGCCCUCCGCGGGACGGUGGACGAGAUGCAGGCGGUCGUCAUGUUGCUCACCGCGCGGUCGCCGCUGUCGAAACCUUUGCGGCUCUGCUUUCUUCCGGUCCUGUAUGUGGCCCUCGAGCCGGCUUCCAUCAGCUCCCUUCCAACGCGGCCCACGCGGCGGCAAAACCACCACGCCGAACGGCUCCUCCAGCGGGCGAUGCUCGCGCUGGAAGGUAUACGCCUGAUCUCGAUCGACAAGGAUAUUCCCGACGGCGCGGUGCUGGAACUUUGGCCGCGCAUAUGGGCGUGGAUCCAAACACACAUGGAGAAGCACGACUUUGUUCCCUUCGGGAAAGGCUUUGUGGAAUUGUUGACCCGCCACCUUGCGCUGGUGCACAACUUGACUUGCGCGGAGUCCGCCGCCGUCGGGGGAAUCAUCAGAGGGAGCGCAGGGCUGUGUCGCUUCUUGGGCGCUGCCUGGGGCCCCCUUCUCGCCGUUGACGAUGCCCUGGGCAUCUCACAGCUCUCGCAGCUAUUUCACUUUGCCAAGAUAGGCGCGCCGGAUUCCGGUGAUUUUUCCACUCAUCUCGGUCAACUCAAGGACGGCGCUGGCGGUACAUGGGACGAUCUUGCUACGCUGCUCGUCCUCCACCUGGACCGUGCGGAUGCCUUCCUCACUGCAGCGACCCCGAUGGCCACCAGGAACCUCGACGAGCUCUCGUGGCGUCUGCGCGCCAUCUUGCCUCUCGUAUCGACCACAUUUGGCCCCGACCGGGACCCACAGCAGCCAGAUGCGGACCACGCUUCGCUCCGGAAUGCGGCUAUUAAACACGGCAUACUCUCCAAACUCGCGGCUGUCCUCCUCGGGAUCCUGAAUAGCCCCGCCUGUUUGCGGAUUGACUAUACUGCCACGCUCGCGGUCCUUUUCUCCUCCAUACUCCCGUCGAUCGCUGGCUCUAGAGCACCGGAGCUGUUCCCCGAAGUCCUUCGUGCCGACUUCCUCUUGGUACUGUUCAAAUUCGCUGCUUUGCCCCUCGACGACGCCACUCUGACGAAGCAAACUGCGUCCGCUCUCCGGUCGGCUUUUGGGAGUCUGCUACCUGCGUUGACAGUGUACCACCCCGUCCUCGUUCAGCUGCGCUCUUCCGUCAGGUCCGUCGCGAAUCUGAAGGCAGAGCGCGCUUUUCGCCAUGCGGAACUUGUCCCGCUGUGGAACCAGUUCAUGGCCCUGAUACAGGAGCGUCUAUUGGUGCUGAAGCGGUACGAGGCCGGGGAGCUGACGUCCCAGCGGGGGUGUAACAACGGCAAGUGUGUGAGCGUGCAGCUGAAAAGCGAGGUCAAACAGUGCGGAAAAUGCCGCACGACUACGUAUUGUUCGCGGGAGUGCCAGCGCGAAGACUGGAAAGCCAGCCCAGGGCAUCGCGACAUGUGCGCGAUCAUCGUUCAACGCCGGGCUAAAAUGGAAUAUGCGUGGUCAUUUGACAAGAUACAAUCGUUUGUCCGCGCGCUGCUCAACUGCGAAUACACGACGCACGGGCCCGCGAUCGACCGGAUGCGCCUCGCCUUCUUCGACGCCUAUCCAGACCCGCAAGACGUGCCAUGCGUGCUGUUCGACUUCAAGCACGGCCCGUGCGAAAUAUCCGUCGCCUCCAUCCGUGCGCUCCCCGAAGGCCUCGGCCAGUACUACGCCGCCGAGAUCAGCCACAUGAUCCAGGCGCAUGGCAGACUGCAGCUGCACUUUGCGGGGCUCCACCCGAACGACGGGGCGACGUGGCGAUGGCGAGUUUUUCCGCUGUAUGUGCAAAACGACGCAAUGUACCGGCUGGUGGCGGAGGGCUGGCGGCCAGAGAUGAUGCCGGAUGAGCUGGGGCCGGAGGACCUCGCUAUGAUGUUGGGGACAAUGAUGGGAGGCAGAGAGACACAUUGA